AUGGAGAAGGCUUCGCGGCGACCAAUGGGAACGCGAACAGACGUCAUGCCGACUGUGUGGGAGGAGCGAAUGAUAUCUAGCAUUGGAAUGUGCCUCGUAUUUGUUUUGCUCGAUCCGAAGGCUUUAUUGCUGAGGAAAAAACGAAGCCAACGAUCUAUGCAGAUCUGGAGUGCUCUCGGCACAUCAGAUGGCACCGGCGGGGCAGCCUCCGCAGACAAUCGAACGGAGGGGGGGCCACCCCCACUGGAGGUCGGAGAACAGCCACAGAUUAUUGCUAACACCACAGAUGUAUAUUUCAGAGAAUCGCUUAUAGAUAAUGCCGAGCAAUUUGACAGUAACUGGCCAAUAAAUUUAGGAACGAAUAUAAAGUUUCUUAUGCAUUUUGGCCACGAAGACGAGAACGAAAUAAAAACAUGA